AUGCAGUUUAGAAUGACCCGGAUGGAGCGGGACAGCCCACCGGGGCAACCGGAGGAGCAGCAUGGAAAGCUAGUGGAGGAACGUUCAAAGCCACUUCAGCUGGUGUCUAGGCUGGACAUGGUUCACUACUUGAACGUGACGGGCAGGUGGGAUGAGGAUCUGCGUGAAUGCUGCUUUGAGCGUGCAGUGAGCCAGCGAGCUCUUGCCAUAAAGAACCUGGAGGACUUGCGUCGCCACCUGCGCGUGCAGCAGCCUCGUUGCAUCCCCGCAGCAGACCCCAAGCAGCAGCAGCAUCAUGCAAUGUCUCCUCAGCCAGCAAUUGUCACUGAGCUGGGGGGGAGCAGGCAGGGGGAGAUUGACACUUUUGCGUCCAUGCUGGUGCAGGUGCUGGGGGUGAAGGAGAGUGCUGAUCUAAAGGAAGGGUUUGGGUUCUUUGUGCAGCAACUGCUGUCAGGCGGGCUGGAGAUGGCGCAUGCACAGGGGAGGGGGAGAGGUGGGGGCAAGGCUGCUGAGAAGGUGCAUGGGAAGGGGAAGGGGAUGAGGUUGGCUGAGGAGAAGGCUGUCGAGAAGACGUAUGGGGGGGCGAAGGGCAUGUGCGAGGCUUCACAUAGGAGGGAGGAUGGGAGACAUGGAGAGGAAGAGGCAGGAAGCAAGGUAGAGAUGGAUGGGGUUGUUGGCGUGUGGGGGAGGGCACGAAAGGACGUGAAGUGGAGGGCGCAUCUGAAGGGACGUGUGUGGGAGAGGUUCGACGCCAUCCCGAAGCCUCUAGAGGGAAGCAGCAUUGCUUUGGAGUGGGAGGAGUGGCCUGCAGGCGAGGAAGCUGCUGUGAAGUUUCCUGUGAACCAAAAGGAGAGCACCUGCUCUGCGGAAUUCAUGCAAUCCGUGUGCAUAGUCGCUCUCAUUGUCAACUUCGCUUACCGCCCCGUUAGCCAUCUGCUCUCCCGCGUGCUCUCCGUCUUCCCUCCCUCCUCCCCUGGCUUCGACAAGCUGGUUGAGUGUCUGGACCUCCCUGCACGCCUGCCCAGGCCUGUGAACCUGCAGAUGCUGCUGAGACAAGCGGAGCAGGUGCCUCUGUACUUCCUCAUUCACAUGGCCGUGUGCCGUGCUACUGCUCUGCCUCCCCUGCUGCCCCUGCCUCCCCUGCUGCCCCUUCCGUCCAUCCUGCUUCCACCCAUCCUGCUGCUUCCACCCAUCCUGCUGCCUCCACCCAUCCUGCUGCUUCCACCCAUUCUGCAAUUAGCAUCCGUGCUGCAUAUGCUGCUACCGCUGCUGCUGCUUCAGGUGUCCACGGCUGUGUGUGCGGUGCUGCGGGAUGUGGGACGGUGGAGGGUGGCGGAGUGA